AGGGGGUAGUAAAAAGAUGGAUUCAGUAGAUACUAUUCUCAGUAUCGGUAGUACAAUAUCAAGUGUUUUAGGGCUAGUGUUUUAUAGAUACUACAGAAAUCGGACGGAUACAGCAAGACAAGUUAAACAACUCCGAGUAUGGCACCCAGAUGUGGAUUUGCUGAACCAUUUGAACGCCGCGGACAAUCAAAGUUUGGAUUAUGCAGCUGUAGAAGGUGUGGUAAAGGAGAUGGGACGCAACCUCCGCAGUCACUACAUACCGGCUGAAGGGGUUAUAAAACGUUCACAAAUUAUUGAACAUAAAUCUAAACGAGUCAAUGGAUUCUGGAGUGAAAUGAAGAAAAUUAUCAAAGAUUCUACAGAAAUGGUACCUUUUGCCAUUAUGAAGUCAGAGCAGGGUGACCCCAAGUACAGAGUGGAAGUGCUGGAUCCAGCUAGUGCCGGUCAGAUCCAAGAUGAACUUAGUUCAACUCAUGACCAUUUUGAGCCAAGCAAAUCUACCUUUAUGCAGAUCGGCCUGGAUAGACUUUUUGGUGAAGUAUCAAAGGGUAUCCAGGAGACAGAGUCCAUGCUCUUAACAGGCACCACUGUGCUAGGUGUUGGCAAGGUAUUUUUGGAACGUGGGCAACUCAAAAUAACUGCCCCUGAAGAAUCUAACAGAUCGUACAUUGUCACCACUAUGAGACUCCCUGAAUUAGUUCGCCACAUUGAGUCACAGUCAUCCACGUAUAAAAUACUCUCCAUCAUUUUCACAAUUGUUGGUGGCAGCAUGCUCGCCUACAUCAUAUGGAAACACGUGAAAAAAUAUUUAGAAGACAGAAAGUCUAAAUUAGAAUUUGAAGCCAUUCGCAGGAAUUUAGCAGAAGCUCGUCGAGUCCAGAGCAAACCCUCACGCAGCACAAGUCAGCAGGAAUCUGAGGAGGAAGAGGGCCAGAGCGGAUUGAGAGAAGAGGACACCUGUGUGGUUUGUCUGACCAACCCCCGCCAGGUCAUUGUCCUGAACUGCGGGCACAUCGCCAUGUGUGUGGACUGUGCCGAGCUUCUGCCCGUACCAAAGAAAUGCCCAGUGUGUCGCGCGGAUGUGGAACGUGUUAUGCCUGUUUACCGUCCUUAAUGAAAUCUGUUUAGUAGUUUGUUACUUUAAAAAAUUUUCAUCAAGCAAUGUUGAUUAUUGAACAUCUACUUUAAUUAUUCCAGCCUGUAUUGGAUUAAAAUUUGACUGCAUCAGUACAUCAGCUUAUAUAAAUUACCAGAUCAUAUAAUAGUUACAAGAGUUAAGUGUACUCCUGUUGAAAAGAUUUCAAUUGUGUUAGCUUUUAUUUCCCCUGUGAGUUGUACUUGUACAAUGACUUCUAAUAAAGCCAUAUUU